UCACAUCAACAGUGAGAUUUGAUUCUAUGACUUUGUAGGUUAUGAGUCAAAUCUUUAUUAACUGGACUAACUUUGUGGGUUUGAAGACAUUUAUUCUCACUCGUAUAGUCAUUAAGAUUCAUUUGAACUAGGAUUUUCAAAUUAAUUAAAAAUUGUACUUCCCCACUUUCUUUCCUUGUCUUAGUUUUUGCUUCUUAUUGCUGCAUUGUUUUUUUUUUUUUCAAUGUUUUGUCCCGUCAAAUGCUGUAGGAAUACACACACAUGUAUAUAUUGUUUAGCUUAGAUGCUUAAUGAAGAUUCACUAUUAUGAAAAUGCUAUUACUUGGAUGAUUUUGAAAUACUCAACAAUGUCUACUGCAGUUCUCUCAUAUUAAGCUUUGUGAACUUCUUCACAUUUACCGAAGACUUUUUUUAUAAGCAGCCUUCUUUUUUUAGUUAUUCACCAAAGAACCACUUGCAGGAAGAGCGUGCAGAAAAGACAAAUCUAUUCAGCAUUAGAUUAGUAUUAUUUAGGUUUGAUAUAGUAACAAAAUUCGUCUAAUGGUCCUGAAAAGUUAUUAUUCUUUCAGGAUGAAGCUUUAUGAACUGGUGGAUCAAUCACGACUUGCUUUCAUUUUUCAUUUCUGGUACUGCGGUUUUGGUUUAAAAAUUCUUUGCAGGUCUAAUAUCAUUCUGUAUCGCACCAACCAAUUAAAAUGGUCCAGAGAAUCAACUGUUUCUCGCUUGAGUUCAGUUAAGGAUUCAAAUUGGGCAAUGAUAUUGAUGUCAACGCAAUGUCACUAUCUUAUAUUGCCUUCUUUUAACUCUUUCAAUCUAUAUUCAAUUUUUGACCAAAGUUUUAAGAAGGUUGGAGAUCUAAGGUUUCUUUUAAUAUAAUAUAUCUACAUUUUCUUUCCAACUAACCACUAUAGGAUAUUAUAUUAUAAUAAGCUAGGUUGGAGAUCUAAGGUUUCUUUCCAUAUAAUCAUGUUCCACCGCUUUUUAUCCAAUUAAGUAUUACCUCUGGCCUCCAUCUACUCACCCCUCUUUUCCUAAUAGAUGCCACUAAAUAGAUAUCAAAUUUGUCAUAAAUUCUUUUAUUAGUUGUUAGGACACGUGAUGAGUAUUGAAAUGCAUGGACAGUCAGUAGGUUUUUUUUUCUAGAUGAUUUAUCAUCAUUUUAUUUAUUUUAUCCCAUAUCUGUAUGUGUGGAAUAUGGGGAUGCAUUUUUUCUUAGAAUUUUAUGAAUAGAUGUGAAUUUGAUAUUCUUUUCUAUGGUAAAUGGCAUUACCUAUCAAAUACUGCUUCUCAAAAGUGUAGUAAGUUCCUUUUUUAGGCUUUCAUAUGGCAUUAGGUUUGCUCUCAUUGGCUUCAAAAGCCUAAAAGUCAGUUUUAUCACCUUUCUUCACCUAUGUUGAGUGCAGAGCAUUAUCGUUGAUAGAUUAGGUUCUCUUAAGGAGAUGAACUUCAAGCCUUCUAGCUACAAUGGCAAUGCAUGUCCAGACAAAAAUGAGGAGACCAUUGACUCUGGAAUGAGAGUUGUAAUUCAAGAUUUGGAGCAGUUAACUUUUCUUGAGAACGGGGAGUUUGAACUUCGAGGUUCAGAUGAGGCUAUGGAUCCAAGCCCUAGUGACUGGUGAGGCUUUGGUGAGGAGAAGAGGGAAGCGCUUAGAUGCCGGACCUCAAAUUGAGGGAGAUCUUCAAGGGGAAGUCAGCCAUGAGAUAUCUCAACUCCCCAGGCAAACUGAAACAGGGAAUAGCGAGACUCUUGUUAAUGGUAGUUUCUCUUUUCACGAAUUCAAUCACUUCCUGCCCGUGCCUCAACCUCUGGAGACUCUCACAAACGCCAAUGUCGGGGAGAUCCUGCGGCUCAUCUUACUUUCGCCAGCUGGUACAAGAGCUUCUGCAGGUGAUGACUCCACAAUCGUGGCAAAAAGUGUAGCUAUGUUGUGUGAACUAGACGAUAAAGCCAACAAAUUAAUGGAGAUAGCCUUCAACAAAUAUCCCAACCUAAUGAUCAUUAGGUCUGAUAGAAGGAAGACCUUUAUCCGUUGGAUGUUUUGCUCUUUGUCCAAUCUGCUUCAAUUACAUCUCCCUGCACCUUGGACGAGCGGAAGACCAGCGAGAUUGAAGUUGUGCUUGGAGAGCUUGAAACUUUUGGCUUUGAUGCUAGGUUCAUUGAUGAGAUGCGCUUGCAGGAGAGUGAGGUUUGGGAGACUCAGUUAGCUGUAGACGCUUCAGGGUUGAAGACAUUGUGCACAAAAGCAGAAGAUCUUAACCAAGAGAUUGCUGGCACGAAGCGUAGUUUAGCGGCUGCCAAAGCUUGAGGUUGCACGGUUUGAAAACAGAAUAAACAAUGUGUGUGAAUUGGCAGUAGGGAAUCGCACUCCUAUAUUUAAAUGGGUUGAAUAAGAUAAGGGAUUGGCUGGCAUUUGGGUGUUUAGUCUCAUGCACGUAGAACCCACAAUUAUAUUUUAACCUUAUUUAUAUAAAACAAGAUUUCGGAGGUGUUUUGCUCCAAAAAAAA